UGCUGUCCACACUGCUUGAUUCGCUGUCUGCUCGUGCAUAUUAAUGAGCGGGGGAACAGCGGGCUGCUUUUAAAAGAGGGAGAGAGAGAGGGAGCGAGCUAAAACAGUCCGAGGAGGUUGGGAAUAGGGGAAGCGCACGGGACGCACGCUCCGAGUUGCACAACCAGGCGCACGGACGAGGCUGAAACAACAAGGAGGGGAGCAGGAGAGUUUGACCGAGGGCUGAGAAGUGCGAAGUGGACAGUUUUAACCCGAAAUUGCGGAGUGUUUUGUGGAAGAAAGGCUCUCUCCGGGAACCAUGAGUCGCUACGUGACGCUACUUUUGUUGGUAUUGGCUGUGUGCGUCUUGAGCGCAGAAGCGUACAAGUGCCGGUGCACACGUAAAGGACCCAAGAUCCGCUACAAGGACGUGCAGAAGCUGGAGCUCAAACCCAAGCACCCGUUCUGCCAGGAGAAGAUGAUUUUUGUGACGAUGGAGAAUGUAUCACGGUUCAAAGGUCAGGAGUACUGUCUUCACCCUAAACUCCAGAGCACCAAGAACCUGGUCAAGUGGUUUCGCAUCUGGAAGGACAAGCACAGGGUUUAUGAAGCCUAAGACCACAACCUUCUCUCACUUCUGGAUCAUAUGACAAAUAAAGCCGGACUAUAUUACUUAACAUGUGAAGUCAUCUGCAAUCAAACUAUACUUCUUGCUCCGGAUUGCAUCUAUCAGUCAUAUAUUGUGGCUCUGUGGAUGGACACAUGUUGUCAGUAGUCUUUCAGCAGUUAUCAAUGUUACACUUUAGGCACGGGGAAACAUAUAGAUAUACUUUAUAUUAUUUCAAAGGACUUGUGCAUAUAUUCUUUUCUGAUCCUGGUGUGAAACAUGUGAGUGAUCCAGACUAUGCUGUUUUUUUCAGUGCUGUACCUGGAAGUGCAGUGUUCUGUGAUGUGUAUGUGAGCUUCAUCUGUCAUUCUUUGUCAUAUAGCAUAUAACCACUAUUAAUAUGUAAACAAUUAUUUGUCUUUGUAAAUCAUAAUGAGGUUUAGGAAAACAAUGGGGUUCAGGAGUUAUGUGCCAUUCAUAACAGACCAGUAGUGGGUGAUAAAUUUGCAUUAUAUUUGUUUGGCCUGUCACGUAUAUUACAUUAAAAAGAACAAAACAAUUCACAUGCAAGACACAUAUGUAAAUGUCUUCAAUAAAAAAGUAGGCCUACAUAUCCCUAUUUGUAAAUUAAAUGUUCAAAUUUCUCCAAGGAUAUGUUAUUGCUUUCCCUGAUGUAUUCCACAGUAUGGAUCUAGAAAUACCAGUACCAAAAAAAAAAAAAAAACGUUGAAAGCAGUCAUUUUUACUGUGAGUGGGCUCGCCUAUCCAUAGAUCUUUUUGAAGAUCCUGUCCUUGAUACUGUGGAACAGGCAAUAAUGUGGAAACAAGUAAAGUAAACAAGGAUAUAUUGUGGGCUGUCACAUUUGCAUACACUAUAGAACUUUUUGAACUGGUACCUUCUCUAUAUGCUGUGUGAACUCUUUUUGUAAUUGGCUGUGGUUUUGUUAUAUUCACAUCAACACAUUUACACAGAAUGUGCAUUAUUCUUGUUUUAUAUAACUUAUAAACAAAAACUAUAAAUAUAGACCUAGACCUAUGUUUAGGAUAUAUAGAUCAUAUUGCUAUAGAUUUUGUAAAUGAACUGUAAGCUUGUAUGUAACUGAUUAUUCUGAAUAUGUUUGUAUAGACCAUUGUAAACAGGUCACUCCAGUGAGUGUAAAACA